CUCACAGUGGUAGGAACAUCUCCAAAAAGCGGGGUUGUUCUUAUUAGUUGGAUUAUACUUCGUAGCACUUAGGUUUCGAGCCAAGGAGCCGUUUUAUACACGCACAAUAUGCGCGCUUUCGUGGUACUUGCCUGUGUGGCAUUGGCCUAUGGGCGCCCAGAACCUCCAGUUGGCUACAGUUAUUCUGCUCCAAGUACCAGAUACUCUGCACCGUCUAGCAGUUAUGGAGCCCCAUCAGCUGGUGGUCAGAGACUCAUUUCUCUCGGUGGACAUUCAGGAGGCAUCUCUCUCGGAGGUGGACAUUCUAGUGGAAUUUCUCUCGGCGGAGGUCACUCUGGUGCCGUUUCUCUGAGCUCUUCCAGUGGAUUCUCUCACGGUGGUAGCAUUGGCGGUGGAAGCAUCGGGGGUGGAUUGAGCUUCGGAGGUGCUGACUCUGGUUUCGGCGGCGGUUAUGCUGGGGGAUACUCUGGAGCUCCUCUAGUUCAAAAACACAUUUACGUACACGUUCCCCCACCAGAACCUACUGAACAGAGAAUUCCCCGCAUUCCUGCUGUAGCUCCUCCUCAGAAGCACUACAAAAUUAUCUUCAUCAAGGCCCCAACUCCACCUACUCCAGUAGCACCUAUCAUUCCUGUUCAACCUCAAAACGAGGAGAAGACUCUUGUCUACGUAUUGGUCAAGAAACCAGAGGAACAACCUGAUAUCAUCAUCCCCACACCAGCUCCCACACAGCCUUCUAAACCAGAAGUAUACUUCAUCAAAUACCAGACCCAGAAGGAAUCUGGUGGAGCUAUUGGCGGAGGCGCUAUUGGCGGAGGUGCUAUUGGCGGUGGAGCCAUCGGUGGUGGUGACCUUGGUGGCAUUGCUCUUGGUGGAGCAUCCGGCAUUGGUGCUGGCGGUCACGGUGGAGAUGACAUCGGUGCUGACUUCGGUGCCAGUGGUGGGGACGACAGCGGAUCUGAUGGUGGUCACGGUGGCGCCACAAGCACUCAGUAUGGACCCCCCGGACAUGUGGCGGGACCUCUUCACUAAAUAAUGAUAAUUAAGCAUAGAUGGUAGAGCGUGGAAUUAUUGGACUGCUAUGAUGAAUCUCCAUAGCGUGUUGUUUUUUAACUAUAAACAUCACAUACGAAAGACUUCUCUGAUUCCUGCCAUCUAAGAUCUAUAGCCGCGGUGAACACCUUGUACAUAGUCAUCUGCCUUGUGUUUACCAGUGAGCUACAAUGAUAUAAUAUAAUUCAUCAUCACAACUUCAUCUCGUUAUUAGUGCACAGUGUUAAAAAGUUGUACGAAAGGAGGUAAUUUACAGUGACUGUUACGUUAUGUAUUAUAAAUAAUAGCUUUUUUACUUUUAUAAUAAAAAUAAAA